ACUUGAGCUUUUUGGAGUUAUAGUCCGAAAAAGUAACGUUUCUCAACUGCACUCUUGCGCUUUGCAGUUUCGCCGUGGCUGUGGGGCUGUGAAAGAUCCUGAACCAAAACGUUUAGCUCAGCUAGAUGUGACGUUUUGUUUCGGAGUUUACGGGGGAUCCCUUUUGCUUUCUUCGGUAUGGGGGGCGGGGAGGAGACUUGCGCUGAACUCCAACUCCCAUCAGGCCUAGCCAACAAAGGCAGUGCUGAGGAGGACUUAUGGGAGCUGUAGUUCAACUAUAGCCGCAGGAGAAUUUUUUAAUGAAAUGCCGACGCGGGAGAGAAAAAGAACUGUUUGCCUGCGCCUCUGUUUUGGCCGGAAGCGUCUGCUCCCUGGUGCGGGUAUUUCUUCAUAACCGGAAGAAAAUUCCCCUUUGGGGAGAAGAGUAAAUCCCGUGUGUGGAUCGUCGCCGAGGGGGAUCUCCUUCGGGAUGUGCUGAAUGCAGCCGUUGCAACUUCACCGGACAGGAUCAUGGCAGCUCAGAGCUUCACAUCCCUGCAGGAAUUGAUUCGGGAAGAUUUUUUGACUUGCAAAAUCUGCUAUGACCUGUAUCAGGUGCCAAAAAUCCUGCCGUGCCUGCACAGCUACUGCCUUGGGUGUCUAGAUCCCCUAGUUGAGAAUGAGAUUGUGCAGUGUCCUGAGUGCCGCCUGCAGAUACAAGUCCCAGAAGGAGCUGCUGGCCUGAAGACCAACUUUUUUAUCAAUGGUCUGUUGGAGCUGUUCCAGAUGAAAUGCAACAAGGACCUACAGUGCACUGUCUGUUCUAAUGUUCAGCAAAGCGUAGCUGCCACCUCUCAUUGCCUGGACUGCAAGGAUUUCUUGUGCCAGACCUGUUCCCAGGGUCAUUGCUGCUCCCGCCUCACUCUGCAUCAUAAGGUGGUGAAUGUGGAAGAGUUCCUUGCUGGGCAUUAUGACACAGAGGUGAGAUUUCUGCAAGAAUUGUGCUGCCAGGGUCACCCGCAGGAGGCACUCCGCUUCUUCUGUGACACCUGCAGCAUGCCCAUCUGCAGGGAUUGUCGCAUGCUGGACCAUUUUCAGCACAAAGUCAUCUCCAUGGCCAGUGCUGUCCAGCGGGAACGGCCUUCAGUGGAGCAGUUGAUUAAGACUCUCCAGGGAACCAUUACCUCCAUCUCUGAACAAGAAAAGGCUGUGGAAGCGGCCAUGGACAAGCUGAAAGCAGAAGGAGAACGUAGCAAGGAGAAAAUCUGCAAGUAUGUGGAAGAUGUCACAGCUUACAUCCGCACCCAGAAGGAGUCUGCCUUGACAGAGCUGGAUGCCUUCCUGACUGAACAGUUGGGAGCAUUUUGUCUGGCACAGAAGGAGCUGCAGAUUCAGAAGGACAAAGCAGUGUCUACCCAGGAAUUUUCUCAGCGUGUCUUGUGUGUUGGGAAAGACUAUGAGAUCCUCCAUCUGGAAGAGAUGAUCAAGAAUAGGGUUGAGGAGCUUCAGGCAUACCAGCUUCAGCAAGUCUCCAGCCAGAUCCCAGAACUAGCUAUUGCUUGGGAUGAGCCCCAGCAACUUUCUCAAGACCCACUUUUCAGUUUUGUGUUUCCUGGAGAGGAGUCCAAGAGAGAAGAAGAGCCCGUGGAACAAGACAGCCAGUCAGUCGCUACUCCUGGGGAGGAAAGUGAGGAGGCGACAGAUUCUCUUUCUGAAUCUGAUGAAAACUCCUGCACAAGUGUGUGUGAAUUCUCCACUGAGAACUCCUGCACCACCGAUGGCUUUAGGAUAAGAGCAAAAUAUUGUUAUAGCUUUGAGGAUCCACCCCACUCCAAGGAAAAGCCAUAUAUUACUGGGAUUGCCAUUGUGCCUUACACUGGCCAAGUUCUCCUUUUGGACCAGGCAAAUGAUAAGAUAAAGCGAUAUAGCCCCAGCGGUCAGUUUCUGGGAUCAGUUCCUCUGCCUGUUGCUGACUUUGCCUUCUGUGGCAUCUCUGUGUGUGCAGAGAGACUGGCUUGUACCUCAGGGACUCACCUUUUUUUCCUCACCCUCGAUGGCCUCUUCCUCUGUAAACUGCCGAUGAGAGGCUCGGAGUCUUCCUAUGCCUUGGCCUCCUACAGUGACUCUUACGUGGCUGUGAGUGAAGGGACGCUCUGCUCCAUCUCUUUGUACAGCCCGUCUGGGUCGUGUGUUGGCAGAGUCCAACCCAAUGACUAUCAUGGAGGCAAGUUCCUCUUUAUUGCAGUAAGUACCUGGGAGGAAUUUGUUGUCUCAGAUUUCAUCAAAAAACAGAUUGUUAUCAUGGAGAAAUCGGGGAUUAUUCUGAAUGUGCUGAAGCCCUCAACUUCGCUGCUGACAAGGCCAUUCAGCGUUUGUGUCAUUGAAGACGGGAACAUUUUGGUGGUGGAUCAGUUCAAGGUGAUACAGUUUCCAGAGGAAGAUGAGACUGGAGAGGUGGUACUGAAUUAUCUAGGAGAGGGCCGAAGACCUCGGGUCCUUGCUGUUGAUGCUGACAAUCUCUUUGUCGUGAAGGAAGAUGGAAACACUGAUGUCUAUUCCCUGAUGGCUGAGUACCGAUCAAGUGCUUCUUUGUGCUAGUUCUGAGCUCUCCGAUUAGUGGGAAGAGUGUCCUUGUGGUAUUUUGGGAGGGCCUUUACCUCAUGCAAGAGCCAAGACUGCUGAUCAGGAUCAGGUGCUGGGGAAGAAGAUAUUGUAUGCUGCUGCUGUUGCAGUCAGAUAGAAUGCGCAUUGCAGUUAGUACCUGGCCUUUCAGUGAUGCUCUGUACCUAGCAGAACCUCUGCUGUUAGCUGCUGUUUCAUUCUAUAUUUCUCGCUGAGGCGAACAAGGGGGAAGGGCCCUGCUGCUUGUAUGAAACCAAUAUGUUAAAGCAGACUGGGUGGAUGUGUGGAGACCUUGGCUGCUGACAGCACUGGGGAUGGGGCGGCAGCUGAGAGCCCGGCACCUGCCUUUGCUUUUGUAUUGCUGGUUCAGGACACCAAGUGGCAGUGGGUGAAUAUUUCCCGCCACAGCAGCAGAAAGACAUGAAAGACACGCCAGAAGAUGGAAUGGAAGCACUUCUGCCAGAGAGUCACAUCUGGGGAGGGGAGGGGGGCGUGACUCCUGCACCACACACUCCCUUUCUCUCUACGUAUGCCCAUAUAUUUGUAUACCAUCCCCACUCGGGUCCAGCUGUCUAAACAGUUAGGCUUCUUGGCAGCCAAAUAAACAGCUGUCAGGCAGCUAUGCAAGCCCUACUGUGGUUUUAAAAAUUGAGUGCCAUUUUUAAAUUGCAGUAGGGCUUGCAUUAUGUGUAGUGACUGGAGUUGCUGGAUUCCACCCAGGUUUUCAGUGUGUUUUUGUAUAGGCAUCCUUCAGUCUCGAGAGACUAUGGUAACAUGCUCUGAAUCGAGGAG